AUGGAGGUCUUCCUUGGAGUCGGCCUCGUUGCCGGCGAAAUCUUCCGCUACAAUCGGCAAAACUUCGCGUUCGACCAAGACCAACGAUUUCGACGCGAUGAGCUUCGACUCAAGAUGCAGGUGGAGCGAUUCCGCCUGUUCCGCCAGGAUAUUCGUGACCUUGUUGAGCUGACCGUGGGAAAGAUGGACCUCUACCACAUGGUCGGCGCUUUGUUCAUCCGUAUGAUUAGCAUCUACUAUUCGGAGGGCUUCUUUGAGGAAGCCCCUCCCAUCUUUCUUCAAGCAGCAUAUUAUUUAUCACAGGCGUGCGCGCUGGUCUACUUGUUGAUGGCAAUCUGGCUAUCCAUGCACGCCUCGAUCAAGUCGCACAGCUAUGCAACGCGGCUUCUGACCAGGUUCGUCCGGCUGCCCAUCCCUGGCUGUGAUCAGCUGGACUCGAUGAAUUCCCACUUGUCUGAUUGUGAGACGCAAGCAGCUCAAAUGCUUCGUGUGCCCUUCUUGCACUCAGGAAGAAAUUCUUGGAAAGAGCGCAGUGCCACUCCAGCAGAGAUGCCACCUCAGGGUAAUCUUGCCGAAAGAGAUCCUGCUGCGCAUGCACCAGCCCUCUCCAAGCCUACUGGGGACGAGCUUGAGGACGGUGAAUUUGCUUAUGGCGGCGAGCACAACAUGCUCGGACAUGAGGAGCUUCUCCAGGCUGUGGAGUUCCGGACGCGGCGUCAUGUGCAGCUCUUCCGUCAGCUUCAAGCCAGGUGGCAAUGCUUCGAUGCAUACUCCCGAGUUUGCAUGUCCCUGGGAGUGCGCCACAUGCUGCAGUCAAUCAACUACUAUCUCUUGGGGCUUUGCAUGGUGCAGAUGUACAGCCCUGUAGUCGGUUACAUGCUGACGGCCGUGUUCCAGGCACUAGCUUCCAACAUCACGAUCCUCGAUGUCCAUGGCCUGCCGUGUCUUGGGGGUUUGGAUCUAUCCUUCAUUGGCUUCCUCCCAGCGGUUGCGGCAUGUGUCUCGCUGACACUUGCCCAGAGGGAAAAUGGAGAACUGGUGCCGAAUGGCGCUUAUCCAAUCUCAGUGGCAAUUUAUCCGCUUGAAAUUGCCUGGUUUGAGCUGCUGCACUGGGUCGCAUCUCCAGCCUCGGAUUCAUCCAGCAUUCCUCGGCACUUUCGAGCGGUUCUUUUCAUGGAUGUUUUUGGAGAAGCUGAAGACCCCACAGAAAUAGCAAUGGCGAAGAAGGGCGCUGUGUUCUCUGUCGUAAACACGCUGGUGCUGGUGGAGAAGGUUCAGGUCGUUCAUGAAGCACUCCGCCGUGCCCAAGCAGCCAUGCGGCGUUGGGAAGAAGUGCCUGGCGUGUGGCUCACUUUGCGUCAGAGAAAAGAACUGGAGAAGCUCAGUGAUUUUUUGCGCCUUGAAAUGGCUGGCUUGCAGGAGCUCCUCUGUGAGUGCGAUCUGGAAAUUCAGAUCACUCGCAUGCGGGAAUGGCCAGAGCUGUCUUCUGCCGAGCAGCGGCUCGAACACUGCGCAGGGACUGUGCUGGGACCAUUCCAUUACAUCAACUCGUCUGGACUGCCCGCAGAUUACUACUGGGACAUUGAGAACACAGCAGCGAAUGGCAACUACAAGUUACUGCAUGAUCUCCCAGGAUCAGCGCGUGUAUUGACACUGGAAGAUGCAGCUGAAACCGUGCGGGAGUUCCAACACCUCAUGGACGACAUCCGAAGGAUCUCUCGAGAUCCUGCCGAAAAGACAAGGGGGAAACACACAGGUCACACAGGAGGUGAAGAUGAGCCAAAGCCUGACACCACUCCCAGAGCAUCUGCAAUCAAGGGUGCCUUUACUACGAGGGAAACAAAGGAGCUUUACAAACCAGUUCGCCUGCCAUGGCGAGCAGUGAGUUGCCUCACGCGGACAAUCCAGAUCAUUUGGCUGGGUGUGGGCGUCACGGCAGCCAUGCGCGAGUCUAGCGCGCUGCUGUUCGACCACCAGGUGUCAUACAUUGUGGAAGAGAGGAGGCUGCAGGAAGUCGGUGGCGUGCUGGAGGAGUUGAAGAUUGACUGGCCAUAUGGGGCAUUCCUCCGCAUCGAGGCCGUGAAGUGCAUCCCCUGCGAGCACGCACGUGAAUGGAGGCAAGGCCCAAUUCUUGUAAGCACGCCAUUCGCUCACUAUGCUCUGCACAACUCCUCCGUUCAAGAGACCACAUUCGAGGAGGAAUUGUUCUGCGGUUCAAACAUCGGCUGCCUGGCCGCCCGGCGGCUCUCGGGCAGUCUCAUGUUUGGGGCAAGCAGGCUGGACAUUUUGUUCGACAUGUUUUCGAGAUCCAGCAUUGCGUGUUGA